AUGAGCAGCCCCGUGCAGGAGGAUGGAGACACGGAGCUGGUGGGGAUGGGACUUCGUGUCUCUGUGUCUCCUGUACAAACUGCCUUUUACAUCCUCCUGGUGAUGCUGGGCAUUCUGGGUAAUGCCACAGUUGUUGGUGUGAUUGGUAAGAGUGUGGUGAUGGACGGCGGCGGGGGACGAAACUCGGACAUCAUUAUCAUUAACAUGGCGCUGUCCAGUCUGCUGGUGUCCGUGACGAGGAACACGCUGCUCGUCAUCUCAGACAUGGGCCUCGAGCUGUAUUCAUCCAAAGAGUGGUGUCAGUUCCUCAUGGGCCUCUGGGUGUGGCUGCGAUCAGUCAACGUGUGGUCGACGCUCUUCCUCAGUGCGUUCCACCUGCAGACACUGAGGCGCGUGGCUCCGACCUCAGGGAGCCUUCAAGGGCCUCGGGGUGUUCCUAAGACCCUCCUGCUGAAUCUGGCCCUCAUCUGGCUUCUCAACUUUAUUUACUCCAUUCCUGCUCAUAUGUUUUCCACUAGUGGAGACGUGAACAGCACAGAGACCCUGAUGCUGGUGAGCAGCACAACGCGCCCUCUGCUGGGCUGUGUGUGGAACUUUCCCUCCAUCUACAGUGGCCUGGCCUAUGCCACCACAUCUAUGGUGAUCCAUGAAACAAUUCCCAUAAUACUAAUGGCCAUUACCAACCUGGGCUCCCUUUACACUCUCUACACCCAUGGCAGGAGGCGGAGUUCGGCGCAGGACGCACCCGUCAUAAAACGAGUGCCUGCUGAGAGACGAGCAGCCAAGGUGAUUCUCGCUCUCAUAAUGCUCUUCAUUGCAUCCUGGGGAACCAGCAUUAUCUCUGUCAACUAUUUCAACUACAACCGUGGCUCUUCUGCAGAGUUUCUUCUGGUCAUUGCUCGAUUUGCCAACAUUAUCUUCAUUGCCAUGUCACCUGCUGUUCUAGCAGUUGGCCACCGGCGGCUGCGAUCUUUCAUCAAGUCUGCGCUCUCUUACUGACACAGCUCACACAAAAAAACAUUUAAAGUAGGUCCAUGGUUAUAGGUAAAAAUAAGUCAUGUUUGUCUAUGUGCACCUCCACAUAUGUGCUCAUCACUUGUUGUUAGACUGAUGCACUCAAUAGAAAGGCAAAAUGCUAAAUAAUCUUUAAGGUUACAAGGUUUUGUGCUACAUGACACAAUUAAUUCAAUAUGUAGACAGGGGUGAUAGAAGAGGUGACAUCUUUAUUUAUCAGUCAAAACAAAAAAGUCAAAAUAAAUAAGUAUUUACCAAAACCACUUGUUUAUGUUUACAUAAGUGGGGGUGUUAGUGUGGCUCCGUCUAGUUUUACUUAAAACGCACACUUCAAUUAUAGAGCGUGAGGAUGUAGCUGACGCGUGUCUUAAGCCGAAAAAAAUCCCACAGUUUCUAUCUUAUGGUUUAUUGAAAACCUUUCGUUUGAGCAUUACCAACAAUAAACUGCAGCAAUCCAAAAUAAUAAUAAUUAUGAGCACGGUCAAAAACUAGUGUGCUCUCCUCGUCUCCAUAAUCCUAAUUAAAGCAAAGUAAGCAAUUAUGACGUUACACACAUCUCAGCCAAUAAGAAGAGUGCAAUUCCUACGAACCAAUAGGCAUUCCUACAACCUCAAUAAAGAACUAUAAACUUAUAAAAUACAAAUCUGAAUUAUUUAUCAGCUUCUCUACAAUGUACAAAAUGGCUCUAACAGGGGGCAACAUUUUUCGAUAUAGGUUCUGUGUAGAAUGGAUGUUAUUUAAAAGCAAAUUUUGUUUAUUAUCCUCUAAAAUAUUGGAUUUAAUGGAAGCUUAUAAAUAAAUGGUUAUCAACAAAUACACAAUAAAUGAGAAGGAUUUGUCCAUUGGCCAGAAAGCCAACUCCAGACUCACUCUUUCUUUGGAAUAAGACAUUUAGCCUACUAUGUUUGUAUUUUUCAGCACUGUGUCCG